GGUCUUCUUUUUCCUUUUUUUUUCUCGAUUUUGGAAUUUUGAUCCGGAUUGGCAAAGAUACCAUCCGGAACAGGAUAGAACUGUCGGUGUACCAUUUGGAAGAACUGGUUUGAUGUCUAUGCUCCGCAACAGGAGCGAAGGCAACGAUCUUUUCACCAGCAAAAAAAAAAGAGUGAGGAAAAGAAAUACUGGGUAGUAAAAUCUUUCUCCCGGAGUCCUCCUCUUCUCCCUGUUUGCUGUUCCUUGUUGUGUGGUUCUUGCCUGCAUGUAGUUACUGCAGUGGGGACGGCACAGCCAGUCCUGACUCAUGUGUAGAGCAGGAGUAUUUACUACGACACCGCCUGAUGCGCGCAGGUAAAGUACCAACGACGCAUCAGUAGCUUGAUGCUCUGGCAUUGGUGCGUUCGUGGCUGCUCGUGCCGUUGCUCUGGGCUCGGUUGUGCCGUCACCUGUGUUCGUCUGUUCUGGAAAUGUUGGAAUUGGGUUCCCAACUUUCGAUCCAAGUUUUGGCCUUCCUUUGCUUGCCCACGCCGGGAAACAGCCAGCUCUGUUCUCAAAGGCAUCUCCUGACGCAUGGCUAGGCCUUGAGCACAUACCGUGCAGAUCAUGAAGAUAGAUAAUGAAAGGCCUUACCAUAGUAAUGUUUUUCAUGAGCUUGUAUCCAAUGGUGGCCCAAAAGUAGAUGAUGAAGUUGAAAGGGAAACUAAGAACAAUCUUCUGGCAGAUAAAAUGGUGGAACAGACAAAUCCAUCAGACCGUAAUUUUGUGAAGGCUGAGCAUCAGAAUGGAGGCAAAACCAGACAAAUACGGAUCGAAGAUAUUUCUUAUGACAAGGACGUUGUUGAGAUCAACCUGCCAGAUGCAUUGGUUUCUUCUGAUUAUGGUGUCCAUUUUGUCAAGGAUGUCUGCAUUGAUGAUGGGGUGGUUGCGGAUCAGAAGGCUUCAGCAGAAAAGGUAGUAAGUGAAAAGGUGUCCCCAAACUUUGAUUCUUCAAUGAGCAAUAGAAAUGGUAAUCUGAUGGAAGAAAUAAGAGUCGAUUCUGUGAAAACUGCACAUGAAUUGAAGUCAGAAAUGGUUACCCUACAUGAGGCAUGUGCUACUGAUGAUACUACCGUGGAAGAAUGUUCUUAUUGCAAAGUGCGUGAACUUGAAGGCAAAAAUACUACAGAUGACUUGACCAAUCUAAACAAUGAGAAAUUAAGUCCUGAACAGUUAGUAAGUUAUGAAGCUGCAAGACAGUACCUGCAGGUGGGCACUGAAAUUUCAGAGACCGAUGAAAGUCACAAGCCAUUUCGUGAUGGAGAAGCAAUUGAUGAGGUUUUAUCAACAAAUGAUUGUCGUGAAACUGCAGCUAAAAUUGCAACUGAGACUAGUAGCCUCAAUGGUUUACGAGUUGAAUCAACUGCUGAUGGAUUCUCAGCAUCAAUCCUUGAAGAAGGUGUUGGUGGAGAAUUAGAUGAGAGAGGGUCGAAUCAAGUUAAUCACUAUAACCCUUUUAUUGCCUAUGGAUCUUUAGAGGAUACAUGGGAACCCAAGUACACUCUACCUACACUCGUUGAUGAUGUUUCUGUAGUCCCCAUCUGUCCUGUUGGAAAGACAGAUAGUUUCAGUGAUCUCCUCAAUGGUGGUGCACUGGGAGGAUUUGAUUUUGUUGAAACAGCUGAAUCCAGAAUUGGAGGCGGUAGGUUAGGUUCAGUUGGAGCACAUUCAAGUACGUUGGGUGUCCCAGCAUCCGAAGAGAGUGAUGAUCAAAGAGAGAGUCGUGUUGAAAAGACAGAUAGUUUCAGUGAUCUCAUCGACGGCGCACCAGGACGAUUUGAUUCUAUUGGAACAGAUGAAAGCAGAAUCAAGCACACUAGAUUAGAUUCUAUAGAAGAAAGUUCAAGUAGGUUGGAUGUCCAAGCAUCUGAAGAGAGCAAUGAUCAAAUAGAAGAUCUCGCUAGCGAGAUGAGAACUGACGAAUCGCCUGGGACGGGUAUUAGCAGUUCAGAGCCUAGUGAUGUCAAGAGUGAGGACCAUAAAAAAUGUGAGAAUGAUACUGUCCAAGAUGCACAUGAUUUUAACCCAAGAGGCAUGGAGGAUGGGACAAAUGUAACGGAGGACAACACCGUCAGUAAGAGUUCCGUGCUUGCACAAACUGAGUCUACAGUUCAACAAAAUGGACCUGAUAGUGCAAAGUUGUCGGCUCGUACCGCUAUUCGCAACCCAUUUGAAUCAAGCUUCUCCGGGCCUAGCAUCACGUCAGAUCCGCUAACGCCCUCUGGUCACAUAGGCAACGUUUCUCUUCGUUCAGACAGUAGCACAACAAGUACUCGGUCCUUCGCAUUCCCAGUGCUGCAGACAGAGUGGAACAAUAGUCCGGUGAGGAUGGCGAAAGCAGACCGCAGGCGUCUAAGGCGAGAUCGAGGCUGGGGUUACAGAGUCCUCUGCUGUAAAUUCUGAAUGUGCUUUCUUGCUCCGGCAUUUUUCCUGUUUGAGUUCAGCCCAUUGCGUCGCUCCUGGAGGUUGUGUUAUAGCCAUGUUAAAUUCAUUCAAAUGUUGAUCAUGUCUUUCCCCCCUCUUGCGCUCCCUCUCUCCCCAACAUGCCCUGCUUCUUUUAUUUACCAAUAGCAGGUCAAUGGCUUGUCAGAUUCGAUAGUGGCUUGUAAUUUGCAUUGUGAGCGAGAAAUGAAGGUAUAGCUUUGAUGUAGCAUGUCUGAUUAUAUGUUCAAGUACCACAGUAGGUGAGAA